CUCCCCCCAAACACUCCCCCCCAUUAUCCACACAUCAUGUCCGACCCUCGGGAACAGUGGCAGAAGAUCCAGCUCGCCCUGCAGAAGCGCGGCAGGGGCUUUGGCGGUGGCUUCCCUGGAGGCGCUCGCGGAGGGCUCGGUGGCCUUGGAGCUCUGAUCAUCUUCGGCCUGGGAGGAGUAGUCAUCUCCAACUCCCUCUUCAACGUGGACGGAGGUCAUCGCGCGAUCAAGUACUCGCGAGUAGGUGGCGUGAAGAAGGAAAUCUACAGUGAAGGAACCCACCUUCGCAUUCCCUGGCUCGAAACCCCCAUUAUUUACGACGUCCGCGCCAAGCCGCGAAACAUUGCCUCCCUCACCGGCACCAAGGACUUGCAGAUGGUGAACAUCACCUGUCGUGUGCUGUCCAGACCUCGCGUUGAUGCUCUCCCCCAAAUAUACCGUACCCUCGGAAAAGAUUUCGACGAGCGAGUGCUUCCGUCGAUUGUGAACGAGGUCCUGAAGAGCGUGGUGGCACAGUUUAACGCCAGCCAGCUGAUCACCCAGCGUGAGAACGUUGCUCGACUGGUCCGGGACAACCUCGCUCGUCGCGCUGCUCGCUUCAACAUCGCCCUGGAUGAUGUGUCGCUGACUCACUUAACCUUCUCCCCCGAGUUCACGGCCGCCGUCGAAGCCAAGCAGGUCGCUCAGCAGGAGGCCCAGCAGGCCGCGUUCCUGGUCGACAAGGCUCGCCAGGAGAAGCAGGCGUUCAUUGUCCGCGCCCAGGGUGAGGCUCGCUCCGCUGAGCUGAUUGGUGACGCCAUCAAGAAGAGCAAGAGUUACAUCGAGCUCCGGAAGAUCGAGAACGCUCGUCAAAUCGCCCAGAUCCUCCAGGAGAACGGCGGCAGGAACAAGCUGUACCUGGACACCCAGGGUCUGGGCUUGAACGUCAACGCGGGCGCGGAAGAUACGAAAUAAGCGUUGUAGCGGGAACGGUGAUACGCAAGGGCCUGCCACAAGGCCCGGUGGCAGGCCCGGUCUGCUUUAAUUGAUGUAACGGUCCUUGGCGCAUGAAUCGCUGGCAGGGCGACGGGUGUGGAAUAAGAUGUUUGUACAAAUAGUGAUUCUUAGGAUUCUCCAAGCAACAGGCGA